CCCUCAGCCUCGGCUGCACCACGGCCUCAGGAUAAACUGACAUGUAGGCUUUGGACAACUGAAAACGCUACUUGGAUUUUUAGCUUUUUUAUUAUUAUUAUUAUUAUUAUUUCUUGCCAAGUUUGGAUUUCUUUUUUGUCCAUGAGUUUUUUUCAUGUUAAGGGAAUGCCAAGUCCAGUCUUCAUCAUGCAGCUCUGUGCAGAGCAGGGAAGGUAAGGCUCAAUUACAGUAGCUACUGAGGCCUUAUCCUAAUAAACAGAACCUUCAGUGGAGCGAGCACCGUCAAACUGCAGUGUCCUGUCGGCACCUGGAGCACAGGAGCUUGCAGCACCACUGACAGCAGCACAAGGAGUUUGCUGAGGAUUAUGCCAUUAUAGUCGGCCCGUCAAGUUUCCUCACAAAACAACGGCUACGGUGCUAAGUCAGUCCCGCUACUCUUACACCGGGCAGGAACCAUGGAUGACCCCUAUCAGAACAAUGUGAACCAGCAAGGGAUUGAGGGUGGAGAGUACACCUAUACCCAGGAGGGAAGCGGACCAGAUGGCUACCCCUACCAGACAGACUACCCUCAACAGGAGGAGGACGCUGCCAGUGAUGCCACUGAGGGGCAUGAUGAGGACGACCAAAUGUAUGAGGGGGAGUACCAGGGCAUCCCUCACCCCGACGAGAUCAAGGAGGCACGACGGGCAGCCAGGUUGGAAGCCAGGAGGAAGGCCCGUAUGGCCACCCAGCAGGAAGAGGAGGACGACCUGCCGGAGCAGUAUGAAGCCAUCAUGGAAGACUGCGGCCAUGGACGCUUCCAGUGGAUGCUGUUCUUUGUACUGGGCUGUGGACUGACGGCUGAUGGUGUGGACGGCUUCGUCGUUGGGUUCGUGAUGCCUAGUGCAGAGAAGGACAUGUGCAUAUCCAAUGCUGACAAGGGAAUGCUGGGCCUGCUGGUGUACGUGGCUAUGAUGGUGGGGGCGGUGAUCUGGGGGGGUCUCUGUGACAAGAUGGGGAGGAGGAAGUGUCUGAUAUAUGUCCUAGCCAUCGACGUGAUCUUCUCCUUCCUGUCCUGCUUCGCCCAGGGCUACGGCUUCUUCCUGUUCUUCAGGUUCUGCUCUGGCUUUGGAAUUGGCGGCGCCAUCCCGGUAGCGUACAGCUACUUCACCGAGUUCCUGCAGAUGGAUAAGCGUGGUGAACAUGUGAGCUGGCUCUGCAUGUUCUGGAUGCUGGGAGGCCUGUAUGCCUCCUUCUUUGCCUGGGGAAUCAUCCCUCACUAUGGCUGGGGUUUUGCCAUCGGCACAGAGUUCCAGAUGCACAGCUGGAGACUGUAUAUUCUGAUGUGUAUCCUCCCUGCCCUGGCUGGAUUGGUUGGACUCUACUUCAUGCCUGAGAGCCCACGCUUCCUCCUGGAGAAUGGCAGACAUGACGAGGCAUGGAUGGUCCUGCGACAGGUCCACGACACAAAUUGGAAGGCCAAGGGAGAGCCAGAGCGAGUGUUCACUGUGACCAACAUCAAGACCCCCAAGACUCAGGACGACGAGUUCAUAGAGAUCCAGAGUGACACCGGCACCGCCUUCCAGCGCUGGACCGUCAGACACAUAACCAUGUUGCAACAGGUGAUGGCUAACGUGAUGUCAUUAUCUGCUCCAGAGUUCAGACUGAACGGUCUCUUCCUGGUCAUUGUCUGGUUCUGCUUGGCUUUCAGCUACCAUGGGCUGGGAGUGUGGUUUCCGGACAUGAUCAAGUACAUGCAGUUUGAGGAGUACGAGUCAAAGGUCAAAGUUUUCCACCGAGAGCGAGUGGAACGUUUCCACUUCAACUUCUCCCUGGUCAACCAGGUCCACCGUGAGGGGGAGUACAUCCAUGACAAGUUUGCAGAAAUCGAGAUUAAGUCUGUGACAUUUGAGGAUUCACUUUUCGAGAACUGCCUCUUUGAGGACAUCAGGUCCACCAACACCUUCUUUGAGAACUGCACCAUCAAAAACACUGUCUUCUAUAACACAGACCUUUGGGAAGAAAAGUUCAAAGACUGUCGAAUGGAGAACACCACCUUCCUCCACCCAAAGAAAGGCUGCCAUCUUAACUUCCACGAAGAGAACGACAUUGUCAUUUACAUGGUCAGCUUCCUGGGCAGCUUAGCUGUGUUGCCUGGCAACAUUAUCUCAGCUCUCUUCAUGGACAAGAUGGGAAGGAUCAGAGUUAUCGGGGGUUCGAUGCUGAUCUCCGCCGGCUGCACCUUCCUACUGCUGUUAAGUUUCAGUCAGGGAGUUAUAAUCUGCUGGCAGUGUCUGUUCUACGGCAUCAAUGUGGCAUCAUGGAAUGGCCUGCAGGUCGUCUCUGUAGAGCUCUUCCCCUCUUCUAAAAGAGGGACGGCGUUUGGUAUCAUGAAUGGGGUCUGCAAGUUUGCGGCCAUCAUUGCCAGCUUCAUCUUUGCAGCCUUUAUCGGCAUCACCAAGAUCAUCCCCAUCUUCCUGGCCUUCUCCGCCCUCGUCUGUGGAGGCCUGCUGGCUCUCAAGCUGCCCGACACACGGGACAAAGUCCUCUCUUGAAAAGCCAAACUCCUGCAGCCUCCAGGCCAAAAACACAGUAUAGCUAUGUGUAACAUUUUGGAAAGCACGGGGUUCAGAAAGAGAAAGAAAGAGAGAGAGACAGAGAGUGACAGGGGAGGAACAGCUAUGCUAUCUGAGGUGUGUGUGUAUGUGUGUGUGUGUGUGUAGAAGAGCAGAGAGGCUGGGGUUGUCAUGGUUAUAUAAGUAAAAAUCUUAAAAAACCUAUCUGGUUGCCUGUGUAAACCUCUGGUUGCCCUCUGUGUCUUUUGUUGCAGAUGCUUCAUGUGUGUUUGUUAUUCACCUCUCCUUCCCUCACACAUACGGUGCGCACACAUGCAUGCACACACAGUGUAGCAAUUUUUGUGUGAAAGAAAUAUUAAUAUGAGAGAUGAGAAAUAUAUGUACUUGAAAGGUUAUGUAGUUCAUGUUACCAUGUUGUGCUUUGAUUGAAGUCACUAUGUGAAGAAUAGGGAGGCGUGGGGACUGACCGUCACAAUUUGAACUGGAUUUGAAUCCUGCUGUAUUCACAGCCAAGGCUCAGCAGUGAUGUAACCACUGGUGUUAUUGUUCAGAGGAAACUACUCAUUCAUCCACCAAGUCUGUGUUGAUCCCGCUCUGUCCCUUGGUCUCUAUGGUUUAUAGUUUGUUCUGCUUUAGCUCACAUGUUGUCGCUUGGUUUGUCUCGUCUAGGUUUACUACUGCAUUGAUCAUUUGAUCAAUGGUGUCGGCGAUUCUGGGGAAAAAUCGCGAUCAAGAAAAAUCUGUGAAUUCAGUAAAUAUCUUUGUUUGUACCCAGCCCUGGCUCUGAAAAUGGGAAACAAGCACAAUGGCUCAGACCAGGCCACACAAUACAAUAUACACAAGAUAUACAACGUACACUAUAUACAACACUAUUCCAGCUGAUCAGCAACAGGGGGUGUUUGUGCUUGUGCACGGGACAGGGGGAAGCGGAGGGGGAAGGAAGAUGGGGGAAAGGAGGCAAUACAAGUGAGAAGGACGGUAAAUCUGGCUGCUGAUUUCAAAUAUCAGCAAUCUUUCUCCAGAAUCACUGACUCCCCUAUUAAAUGUGGAAUCUAUUUCCUGGUUGAAUUCAUUCCCAAUCAUCUCUCCCCAGCCAGCGUUAACAAACCCAAACCCCAACACCAGGCUGGUCUCUCCUUCUGUUUGUUGUUCUGUCCCGGACUCGGAGCCAUAGUGUCUGUCCUUAACUGAACUGUAGAGCUGUGUUUUAUGUAUUGAUAAUAGAGAAUUUCAGUCUUUUCUGUCAAAUCUUGCCAUGAUAAAAUGUAAGAAAUUGUUAUGUGUUUAUUUAUCCAUUUGUUUUUCUUUUUUCUUUUUUUUCUAAAAAGAAUGAGAUAAAACCGUGAGCGUAGAUAUUUUGAUAUUAUGCUCUCUUUUUGACGUUCUGGUGAAGAACACUUUUACAGCGUGCUGCAUUUCUGACAACAUGUAUCAACAUUUCUAAGGAGCAUGUUACUUUUUUGGCAUGAUGUGUGUGUGUGUGUGUGUGUGUGUGUGUGUGUGUGUGUGUGUGUGUUAUCCACAUCUAUGUAGCCAGACUAAGAAUAUUGUAUUUGUUGUUGUACAUACUUUAGACCGGUGUAUAUUAGCUGUAAAAUAUUAGCUCCAACAUGACUGGAAUAAAUCCUUCAGCUGUAUGAACAGGA